AUGGCAACAACAACCCCCGCCCACGCCCCCUUCUCCACCCGCGCCUAUAGCGCAAAUCUCCUCCGCCCCACCGCCGGCGCCGCAGCCACAACCGCACAAUUCGCGCCCCCAGCCGGCGCAGCCUCGACACAAGCCGCGCGACGAGACCGCGAGCGCGAGGAGCGAGAGCAGCGGCAGCGUCAACAGCAACUUCAACAGCAGCAGCAGCAGCAGGCUGAGCAGGGUAUAGGUGGUGCAGGUGGGGUGGGAAACGUACAGGAACUUUCAGAGGAGCAGAGGGAGGAGAUCAACGAGGCGUUUGGCCUGUUUGAUCUCGACAAGGAUGGGUUUGUUGAUUAUCAUGAGUUGAAAGUUGCGAUGAAGGCGCUGGGGUUUGAGUUGCCGAAGGGGGAAAUUUUGGCGAUUUUGCAGACGCAUGGGUAUGUGUGUCCCCAUCAUGCCCUUUUCCUAGCCUCCGACGUCCGCAAAGGGACGCUGGGGAAGAUGGGGCAGCGGUGGUCGCGUGUUACGGAUGACGUCCCCGCAAACGCAGUCAACGCCGCCAACAAGUCAAAAGCGCCACAGCAACCGCCGACCUUUACAGGACCGUCACGGCUACUAUUAUCGCACGCGGCGUUCCAGAGCAUCAUGGCUGCGAGGAUACAGGCCAGGGAUCCUGCCGAAGAAAUCCUCCGCGCAUUCACCCUCUUUGACGUCGACAACAAAGGUAAGAUCAGCCUCGCGGAUCUGAAGCGCGUGGCGCGCGAGCUGGGGGAGGGACUGCAGGAAGAGGAGCUCGUGGCUAUGAUCGAGGAGUUCGAUAUGGACGGGGAUGGGUGUAUUGGGCGGGAUGAAUUUGUUGGGAUUUGUUUGGGGUGA